AUGACAAUAUAUAGCACAACAUACUAUUUAAAAAAUAAAAGCCUUAUAACCUAUUUUGAAAUUAGUAGUAUAUAUAGCGUGUUCAUUAACUAUUACAGUAUUACUAAUUUAUUUAAAAUUAUAUUUCUUUCUAUUUUAUUCCUUAUUCUAUUAAUCUUGCUUACUAGCCAUAACAUCAUCUCAAAAUAUAAAACCAUUUAGUUUAAUUUAGCUCUCUUAAUAUUAAUAAAUUAAAAAAUUUAAUGCAAAUCAGAGAGAAAAAUAGGUUAAAAACUAUAAAUUGUCUUAAGCUAUGCAUUUCAAAUAAAAGUUUUAGUGCGAUUCGUUCUUUAUUAGACCGUUAUUUGCUAAUAAAAAAAGGUAUUUAGGCUUAUAUACUUGACUUUGAAUUGUUUCCAACUUCUAAUAAUAUCCGUAUACUAAACAUAUAAAUUUUAGCAUAUAGGAAGAUACAGAUUUAUUAAAAGCAAAAAUAACUAAAAGUAAAUUUAUGGGCCAAUACCUAACUAAAAUAAAUAUUUUGAAAGCAAAAUGAAAGACAUUUAUAGGAUUUAUAAAGUAGAAAUAGAAUCUUAUGAUUAGAUAAUAAUUGCAGAUUUUGCAUACAAUUCACUAAAACAAUUUAUUCUUUAAAAGUAUCAUUAAUAAUUAAGAGAGAGUCAACAAAAGCAGAAAUAAUUUUAUUUGUUAUUUUAGAUCUGA